GUUCCGUACUGUCAGACUGACGAAGCUAGUUAUUAGCUGAGUUACAUCGCUGUACGUUGCGAAAGGGUAUAUUUCAAUUUACUUAUAAUGGAAAAGGUAACGAAGAAAAGAAAACGUCGAUCUAACUUCACUCAAGAAGAAAUCGAAAGACUGGUAACUCUCGUCAAUAUAAGGAAGGACGUUAUAGAAAGUAAGAGGAAUGAUUCUGCAAUUUGGGUGGAGAAAGAGGCAGCUUGGAAGGAAGUCGAGAGGCAAUUUAACUCCGUCGGAGGCAAAGAGUAUCGUGAGGCUAAGCAGCUGAGGUUUAAGUACGAUGCUGUGAGGCGAGGGACAAGAAGAAGAGUCAAAAAUGUUCAAGGGUGCAAUACUUCUGCUAGUUUGACGUUAGCAACUGGAGAAAAGAAGUUGUUUGAUAACGUGCCAAUAACUGCGGAUUUAGAAGACGAUGUUGAUGCUGUUCCAUUAGCUAGUCAACCUCCAGCUAUAGAUUAUGCUGCUAGAAAUGACUGCGACUCACAAUCAGACCGGGCAGAAUCAGAAAAUGCUCCAACACUGAUUACAGGGAAACCAGAGUUGCAUGAGGAAGUAGAUAUAAAACCGACAGUGUUGUUGGAAAGAUAUGAUGAUAAACCCAUAGUAAGAGAUCCUGUCGAUAAGCUUGCAGAAGCAAAGCUGGAGAUACUGAACUUACACAAGGCUAUAUUAGAACAAGAGUUAGCACAGAAACGGGAAGAGUUUGUACAUAAGAAGAGGCUUUACGAAUCUGUAGGAGUACUGAAUUUCCUAAAAAUGAAAAUACUCAUGACGGAACUGGAAAAGCCAAAUAAUGGAAUGCAUAUGUAAAUUAUCUGUACUGCAAAUGCGUGUAGUUUGUAAUUUGAGGUGCUUUGUUGAGUUUCUCGUUUGAAAUAAAACAU